AUGCCCUUCAACAUGUCAGGAAUGCCCGGUAUGAUGCCUUUUAACAUGUCAGGGAUGCCAGGUAUGAUGCCCUUCAACAUGACAGGAAUGCCCGGUAUGAUGCCUUCAACAUGUUCGGGAAUGCCGUAUGAUCCCUUCACAUGUCCCAAGGAAUUCCCGAUUUGGAUCCUUCUUCAAUCUCAAGGAAUUCCCGAUCUGACCUCCUUCCCCAACAUACCUCAAGGAAUUCCCGAUUUGACCUCUUUCCUCAACAUGUCCCAAGGAAUUUCCGAUCUGACGUCCUUCUUCAACAUGUCUUCUCCGGGCAUGACCAGCUGGACGGCCCCCAACAUGUCCUUCGUGAUGCCCGGGAACAUGCCAGCCAACCCGGAAGGGGGAGAAGCGCCCCCUGGAAUAGCCGAAAUGAUGACCGCCCUCCAACAGCUCCUGGGCAUGAACGGCGAAAUUCCCGAAGGAUUCCCACUCGUUCCAGGAUUCCCAGCAUCCCCCUCGACCCCUGCAGCGCCCUCGGCUUCCCCUCCUCCAGGAAGUCAGCCUCCGGUGGUGAUCAACUACUUCGUUCUGACCAACACGACCUUCAACAUCCUGAGGAAGGAGGACGGGUCAUAA